AUGAAAUUUUCGUGCGCGACUUUCUUCUUUGCACUCACGAUUGCCGCGCAAUUACAAUACAUACACGCGACUGUUAGCGAUGACCUCGUCCAAUACAAGCUAACGCUGGACGAAGCCAACGACGCUUUGCAAAACGUAGAAGCAUCACCGGCGCUCAGCGGUAAUGCCGAAUUGCAGCGACAACGUCGAAAGUCGAUCGAUGAUCUGCUAAAAAACUCAGAGUUUGAUUUAAAUUUGAAUUUAGAGCGCGAGGCGCUCAAUUUAGACAAGGAUAUGACACACCCCUUGCAGGGACGUGACGUCAAACAGGACAAUAAAAAGAAUAAAGAUGAUAUGGCGAAUAAACACAAUGUGAAUGAUCAGUUGAACGAUUUGGUGCGGUCAAAUUCGAAUUUUCAGAAUGUGCAUAGAAAAUUGUUGAACAGUUUUCACAACAGCCAAAGUAAUGUGAAGAAUUUUAAUUUGGACGAAAUGUUACAGAAACAACGAAGCUCCGAAGGUAAAGCGUCCAAAGACUCGAAGACUUCAAGUAGUGCUAGCAAGGAAGAGAAAGAAAAGAAUACUGCCAAGGACAAAGAAUCGAAUGACUACAACAAUGCCAAUAAAAACAAUCAAAAUAAAAAUUCCAAUACAAAUAAGGACAGCUACUUAACCAGCAAUAGUUGGAAGUCGAGUUUUAGCGAUAAGGAUAGCUUUAAUACUGACAUGGAUUUUGGUAAAUCUGGUGCCAUGAGCGCACCAUACUCGCAGACAUACUCGAAAUUCGACACUGACAGUUUCAAUACAAAUACAAACACAAAAAGCAGUCUUAAAAGCGGGAUUAGCGAUGGUUCAAGUGUGUUAACCAAAGCCUACAUUAGCUGCAAGCCGGUAUCGAGCAAUGCUGGACACGUCAAAAGCGAUAAUGCCUACUUCGAGUUCACUUCCAAUCUGCAGAAUCCAGCACCUAGUAAACCGAGCAGUCCAAAGAGCAAUUUGAAUACUUUCUUACUACUGGAAGCGAAUAACUACCGGAAUGCGUUACAGUCGCAGAACGUGGACAACUUGGAGGAAUUGAAUGAGAAGAAAGUCGAUCCGGAAAUGCGUAAAAUGAUGGAGAGAAAGGUUGAGUUUCCCACAUUUCAAGCUAGAAUUUCGAUAUUACACAAAUGGAGGAUUUUGCUAGAGUCCCGAACGAAGCCAGACGCCGAGGAUGAUGACGAGCCCAUCAGUUAUGAGAAAACAAUUGCAAAUAUACACUUUCCAAGUAUAGUUAACGAUCAGUUCGAUUUGGGACGCAAUGAUUUAUCGCACGAAGCGGACUAUAAACUUUCGAAAAUCGAACAAGACCAAUCGGAACCGCGUAAGGGACAUAUACGUGGCAGCGAAGGCUGGCAGCUUGCACAGAUGGCUUUCAACGGUAAAGUGAAUAUACCUUCGAAGCGAAGCACAGGCUUCAAUGCAAUGGAUGAAAUAAAACUGAAAACCAGCACACGGCUUAUGGCUAAAGGUUUGGGUCCUUCAUUGCCCAGUUAUGCGCUUUCCGAAACGCAACACGAACUGCAGCUAGACGAUGCAGUAAAGAAGUUGGAGAAGAACUACGCAUCGGAAAACCAUAUUGGUAUAGGUGAUUACAGCAAUACACGUGACUCGAGCCGAUUAUCAAAAGACGAGCUGGAUUGGCAAGAUCGUCUAAGGCAUAUGGAAGAAAUUGAGGAGCGUUCAUAUGAAAAGUUACUAAAUGAGGAACCAGAAGCUCCUACCGGCGAUAGUGACAUGAAAACUAAAGCCGAAGAUAUUAUAUUGGGUCCUACAUAUACUAUACUACGUCGAAGGCGUACAAGUGCGCUGCCAGACGAGGAAAAGGAGAGCAACCUCUUAGAUUUAUUGCGUACAAAACGUAUUACCAAAAAUCCUAACGAUGAUGGUAAUGAACAUUCACGAAUAGCGAGUAAAUUAACGCCAAAUGAUAUAUUAGUGGAGCGCUUACCAGAUCUUAGGCCCAUCAGAGGGAAUAAAGCGUCGGUCGAUGAAGUGCCAGCACCGGUAGAAUCAGCGGCUGAAGAACCGUUACAGGAAGACUUGGCAGCAGAAGAUGUAGAUGCUGAUUCAGAGCAACUCGACGAUAUGGAUGAAGCACAACUGGUCGAUGAUAACCAGGUAUUGGCAGGGGAAAAUGUUGGAAACUCACAUACCAAACGUUGUGGCGAACAGGAGGGUAAUUAUAAGACUACUGAAGAUAAGCAGGAGGAUAAUUAUAAGACUACUGACGAUAAAAGUACGCAUGAUAAGGAUAAUGACGUUGAACAUAAAAUGACGAUAUUCAAAUUCAAGCGUGAUCUUAACAAAGAUGAAGACUCCAACGAACCGAAGCGGCACCUUAAGCGUAUUGGUGUGGUCAAUGAGGAUGGCGAAAUGACUGCAGUAAAGGAAGUAGAUUUAGGAGGACUGCUCGAUCUAAUGACGUUAGACAAUCUCAUGUCUAAGCGUGAAAACCAUGAAAAAGAGAAUGUAAAUACUGAGCAGGAAAACGGAGUAGAGGCAACUGAUGGCGCUGACAAAUUGACUGCAAAAGGUGAUCCAAAACAAAAAGUAUUGCGCAGACGCAGACGUGAAAUAGCUAUUUCAAGAAAGGAGGUCUUCAACGAUGAUUGCUUACACGUAUUGAAUGGCGCCGAAAGAAAACGGCGUUCACUCAAUGGAAAGGAUAAACGGCGCAUUAGAAGGGAAGCUUCAAAGACAAAGGAGAAUGAAGAGAAAAAAGAUAAAGAGAAGACAAAUGAAAAUGUGGAGACAAAAAAGAACAAGCCGAUAGACGACGAGAAGGACAGUGAUAAAAAGUUAACGCGAAGUGAGGGAAAAGAAGAGAGUCCAGCCCAUUUGAUGGACAAGCGACACACGCAAGCUGCCGACCCCAUCGAUGAUAAUAAUGCAGAUAAUCGCAAGGUGGUAAACACUGCAUUGAUAAUAAACGAUGAUGGGAAUUUUAUACCGGCUGACGUUUAUGAAAGGCACGAGCUGCCGUCGAGAAGCGAAACGCUUAACGAUGCAGCCGUUAUAGCGGCGGACAGAAAGGCCAUGAACGCUGCCAGAGCGACUUAUGCCAGAAAUGCAGAAAGAGCGCCCAACUAUAUUGACACGCGCGAAGAUAACUACGGUGAUUUGAUGGAGCGUUUGAGACGACUGUCGCUGCGUAAUCGUGUACAUGAUGCGGAACGAGAGAGUGAUUUUAGCAACUCUGUUGGUGAGUUCGGCAAUCAAAAAUUUGAUAAUCUCAAAGAAGUCGAUCAAAAUGCCCGUCAUUUCGAUGGAAUGCCAGCCGACAACCUGUGGUAUGGCUCCGAUCCAUGGGGGGAAGAUCAGGACAACAACAAUCAGCAAGAUAAAACUGAUGAAACUACAAACAGAAAUCAGCCAAACCACCAACACACGGCACUGAUUUUACAGAUCGAAGAUGGUGCCAUCAAAAGUAUCGAAAGGAAAGAACAGCCGAGCAAGCAAAAUGAAGCGGGUGUGGUAAGCGAGCAAAUAGGGAAUAGCGGGGAAGAAGAAGCGGGUGGUGGUGAUGACGCGGCAUUCGGUUGGUUUGGAAAGAAUGAAAAUAAAGAUGCGGCAAGUUGUAAAGGUGGAGACAAUGGCUUGGUAUUGCAUUUGAAUGAUCAGAUGCUCAACUGCACCGCAUUUAAUACGUUGGAGAGUUUCCUUAAAUCCGUACAACAGCAGCAAAAUAGAGUUGACGGUAGCAGAGGUGGCGGUAGCACUUCAAAUGGAAGUGGUAACACUUCUAAUGGAGGCAGUAAUAAUUCAAAUGGUGAUGGCACCACACAUAACCACAAUAAGGAACAAGGUAGACAUGGCGGACAUUCAGUAGAUAAUCGACCAUUCGGAAAUGCGGGCGGUUCGCACGACAAGUCUGGACAUGGAGGUUAUGGCGAUCGUGGGAAUGGUAACCAUGGCGGUACUAAAAACAGUGGAAGCAACUCUGGUGAUGGUGCUGGAAAUGGCGCCGUUAACUUCGGCGUCGUUGGCGGUGGUAAUGGUCUUGCACCUGCUGGCAAUACCUGUGGAACGAAGGGCAACGACGGUAAUACUAGUGGCGGUAAUACGUCCAAUGAUGCAAUUAAUAUGACUAUAGAACUUCAACCAGUUAUAAUGCGUCCAGUAGGUUCAAGUGGCCAGAAGGCCAUGAAGCUAAACAUCACUAUCAAUGCGAGCGUUAUGGGCGAUCAAAAGGCGAAGAACUUUUUCGGCAAUGGCACGUUUAAAGUGCAGAGCGAAGAUCGCGAACGACGCGGCGUUUCGUUUCCACAAUUCGAGGCAUUUAAACGGUACACAACGAAGCGGAAAUGCGCGAAGCCGAAGGCGAGUUGCGAUGACAGCAAGGUAAAUGGGAAGGGUUCGCUGGAGCUAGUCAAAUCUAUGUUCAAUAUGGCGAAAUGUAAUCCGCAAAUGAAACCAUUGUGGGCAGUUUUAAAGCGCAAUCAACAAUGCUUGAAGAAAAUUCCACCACAGGAGAACAGUUUUGAGAAAAUGCAAAAGGACGAUGUAAACCACAUCGAAGACAUGGUUCAACAAGCUAUGGAGGCCAUAAGUGAUAUUAUCGACGAUCAAGUGGAACAACGCUCUUGCAUACCAUUGCCGCCGGAGCUGAGAAUAUUUUACGAUGAAAUAUUGGAAAUCUACGAAAGCAAUUCGGCUGAAGGCGUGCGAGAAAAGCGUGCCUAUAUCGAUGCGCCCUUCAAUGAGUUCAGCAAAGAGGUGCGUCUCAUUGACCCGAACAGUGUCGAGGAACGCUCACGCAUCGUUAAGAAACUACUGCGCCAAUACGACGGUCUACCGAUUGAGGACCAACAACAGAUGGUGGGCGUACGUGAUGAUCUCUUACAGAAUUUAAACAUGUUGCAACACAUGCAAUUAGAGCAGAUGCAUAAGAAACGAGAGCCAAAAGCGGAACGGUCGCAACUAGACCUGCAACCACUGCGAGAGCAGCAUACGCAGCAAGAACAGCGUCUGCAACAAGAACAGCAUACACUGCAAGAGCAGCAGCCGGAGCAGGAGCAAGAAAAUCAACCAGAAGUAGUGCAGUUGCAAAACGACGCCAAGGAUGUGACAGCGGAGGUGGAAAGUGAUAUGCAGGCGCGACACCGUCGUGAAGUGUUGAAGCGUUUGGAAGCCGAGAAAGAUAUUGAUGAGCAGGUCAUAAAGGCAUUCGAUCUACCGUAUACGCCGGAAUAUGUGCGCUUGAUGAAGGCGUCGGAAUUAAUGCAAGAGCAAGAUCAAAGAGAAACUGAGCGAAGCAGAGCGAACUGA